ACGUCGGACGCGCCGGACCUUCUUCGCCAGACCAUGUCCCGGCAAGAUGCGAGCGCCAACGCUUCCCCAUGGGUCGUUGCUUCCCGGCGAACCUCGAGGCCGGCAGAGGAGCCGAGCGGCAGAGGUGGCGGCUGGAGGGAGACCCCCGGCCGCCGGCAGUCUGCGGCCGCCGGUCUCUGGGAACCGCCGCUCUGCUUUGGGCUGAAGAGCGACUGGGUCGGCGCGGUGAUCGGUCAUGGUGGAUCAAAAAUAAGAGACAUCCAAAGUACAACAAACACCAAAAUACAAAUAAUAAAAGGGUAUCCCGAAGCAGAAGUCAAAAUUUUUGGCAGCAAGAUGAUGCAGACAAAAGCAAAAGCCGUGAUAGAUAAUCUUGUUAAAAAACAAGAAAAUUAUAAUUCAGAACCCAGAGUUGAUAUCGUUGCACUCCACCCUUCUGCUGGAGGGGGUGUAAGGGCAAAUGUCAGUGUUGUCACGGAAGAUCAGCCAUUGAUUGACUGGGAUCAAAUUCGAGAAGAAGGUUUGAAAUGGGAAAAAAAAAAGUGGGCAGAUUUGCCUCUAAUUAAGAAAAACUUUUACAUGGAGUCAGAAACAACAAGUUCAAUGUCACAAAUGCAAGUAGACAAUUGGAGGAAGGAAAAUUAUAAUAUAAUGUGUGAUGACCUGAAAGGUGGUGAGAAACGCCCUAUCCCCAAUCCCACAUGUAAAUUUGAGGAUGCCUUUCAGUGUUAUCCUGAAGUUAUGGAAAACAUUCAAAAGGCAGGUUUUCAAAAGCCAACACCAAUUCAGUCACAGGCGUGGCCAAUAGUUCUACAAGGAAUAGAUCUUAUUGGAGUAGCCCAAACUGGAACAGGGAAGACACUGUCCUACUUAAUGCCUGGGUUUAUCCAUCUGGACUCUCAACCAAUAGCUAGAGAAAAAAGGAAUGGACCUGGCAUGUUAGUCCUCACACCCACUCGAGAAUUAGCUCUUCAAGUGGAAGCUGAAUGUUCUAAGUAUUCUUAUAAAGGUCUUAAAAGUGUUUGUAUAUAUGGUGGUGGAGAUAGAAAUGGACAAAUACAAGACCUGACAAAAGGUGUAGAUAUCAUUAUUGCAACUCCAGGAAGAUUGAACGAUCUGCAAAUGAAUAACUUUGUGAACCUGAAAAGUGUAACCUACUUGGUAUUAGAUGAAGCCGACAAGAUGCUGGACAUGGGAUUUGAACCCCAGAUAAUGAAGAUUUUGUUGGAUGUGCGCCCAGACAGGCAGACUGUUAUGACAAGUGCAACGUGGCCAUAUUCUGUCCGUCGACUCGCACAAUCUUAUUUGAAAGAGCCAAUGAUUGUAUAUGUUGGUACUCUGGACCUAGUUGCUGUGAGUACCGUGAAGCAGAAUAUAAUUGUCACCACAGAAGAAGAGAAACGAUCUCACAUCCAGACUUUCCUAGAGAGCAUGUCUCCCAAAGACAAAGUCAUAGUGUUUGUCAGCAGAAAAGCUGUUGCUGAUCACUUAUCAAGUGACCUCAUUCUCCAACAUAUAUCAGUGGAGUCUCUGCACGGCAACAGAGAGCAGAGCGAUCGAGAGAGAGCAUUAGAAAACUUUAAAACAGGUAAAGUGAGAAUACUGAUUGCUACUGACUUAGCAUCUCGAGGGCUCGACGUGCAUGAUGUCACACAUGUCUAUAAUUAUGAUUUUCCCCGGAACAUUGAAGAAUAUGUGCACAGGGUAGGGCGCACUGGAAGGGCAGGGAGAACUGGAGUGUCAAUUACCCUUCUCACUAGAAAUGAUUGGAGAGUUGCCAAUGAAUUAAUUAAUAUUCUGGAAAGAGCAAAUCAGAUUAUCCCAGAGGACCUUGUGUCAAUGGCUGAAAGAUACAAAGCAAAUAAACUGAAAAAAGAAAUGGAAAAAAAGUUGGGAAGACCCCAAGGAAAACCCAAGAAGUUUUAUUAAUGUCUGUGUUGAAGUGGUGCAAGCCGACUUACAGAAGAAUUCAAGAUUUUUUAGAGAUGUACUAUUUAAGAUAUAUGGAAGUAUUGGAAACAAGCUGUCAGUAUGAAGAAACUUGACUAAUUCUUAAAAUAAUAGUGUUUAAAAAUGUAGAAUUCAGUAUUUUAUACUUUCUUUAAUACAGUCAAGAGUAUUUAAACUUGAAUUUUUUUCCAUGGAUAUUAAGAAGUGUAGCAUUAAAAUUUUUUGACUUUUCAUUAUCUUUUUAUUUAAAAAACAUAUUUUGUCUCCUGUAAUUUUUCUGUAUUGAGGUCUCUAAAGGGUUUAAAGUUUGUUCAGAUG